GCUCGCCGCGGGGAGCGGGGGCGUAUCCGGCCCCCAAACCCCGGGGUGACACCUCGGCAUCCUCCGCGCACUCUCGCAAUCCCCCUCCGUGCUGGGGCCGCCGGAGCCGCAGCGCCCGCGGGUCCCACCCCGGGCACGGCACCUUCGCCGCGGCACCGCCGGGACCCGCCCGCUGCGGGUCGGUAGCCCAGGACAAGCCCUUGGUGGCCACCGGCUCCAGCCGGAGAAGUCCGACCUGCUGAGUGACGGAGCAAUUGGGCUGGAGAACAAUAGCGGCGCUGGAAAACAAUGGAGCUGCCGCACCUUGGCGCGUAGGGAUGCGGGACGGACGCGGGGAAGGGAUCCCAGCCCCGGAGUAGCGCCUGAGCCGGAGCCCCCAGCGCCAGCACAGGGAGGAUCAGCGGGACGGGCCACUUGGAUAUUUCUGGCACCGUUUUUGCAUGAGCCAACAGCUCUGUCCUUUAAGCCUACCGGGACAUCUCCAGAGCUUUGCCAUCCGCUGUCAGGGGACACCCCUGAGAUCCUCAUUCCUGCCAUUCCUGCAUCUCACAGCUCAGCUCCCAUGACAGAAGUGUGGGGGGAUGGAUUUCGGAGGUGGAGAGGACCUGGUUCCCUGCGGGAAAGAUAAAUUCAUCUCCAAAAAUGAGCUGCUCCUGCACCUGAAGACCUACAACAUCUACUACGAAGGGCAGAACCUGCAGCUGCGGCACCGGGAGGAGGAAGGGGAGCUCAUCGUGGAGGGGCUGCUGAACAUCUCCUGGGGGCUGCGGCGCCCGAUCCGCCUCCAGAUGCAGGACGACAACCAGCGCAUCCGCCCGCCCCCCUCCUCCUCCUCCUGGCACUCCGGCUGCAACCUGGGAGCCCACGGGUCCGUGCUGAAGCCCAGCACCCUGCCCGACAUCCAGGUGACGGAUGCAGAGGCCACACCCAACACGGAGGCUCCCGGGAAUGGCACAGCCCCCAGGCCCGCGGCCGAGGAGGCCCCGCAGCUGAUGCGGACGCGGAGCGAUGUCGGGGUGCGGCCCCGCGGCAGCGCCCGGACGGCCGGGGAGCAGCGGCGGAUCCGCCGGCACCGCUUCUCCAUCAACGGGCACUUCUACAACCACAAGACGUCCGUGUUCACUCCAGCCUACGGCUCCGUCACCAACGUGCGCAUCAACAGCACCAUGACCACCCCCCAGGUCCUCAAACUGCUGCUCAACAAAUUCAAGAUCGAAAACUCGGCGGAGGAGUUUGCUCUGUACAUCGUCCACACCAGCGGAGAGAAGCAGAAGCUGCGGGGCAGCGACUACCCCCUGCUCGCCCGUGUGCUGCAGGGCCCCUGCGAGCAGGUCUCCAAGGUUUUCCUCAUGGAGAAGGACCAGGUGGAGGAGGUCACCUACGACGUCGCUCAGUACAUCAAGUUUGAGAUGCCCAUCCUCAGGAGCUUCAUCCAGAAGCUGGAGGAGGAGGAGGAUCGUGAAGUGAAGAAGCUGAUGCAAAAGUACACCAUCCUCCGGGUGAUGAUCAAGCAGAGGCUGGAGGAGAUCUCGGAAGGUCCGACUGCGAUGUGAGACCCUUCACCAGAGCCAUGUGCCUGUAGGAUGUACUGUACCGAAUCCCAAAGCCCCAGCAUUCCCAGAACAUUCCCGGUGUCCACCUGGAUCGCUCCAGCUCUGAGCCAGCCCAUCCUCCCGUGCCUUCACCUGCGCAGCGUCCUCGGGAGGUUCCUCCUCGGCACGUGGGGCUCUUCCCAGCAAGGCUCUGGCUGGUGGCAGCUUCAGCCAAAACCUCAAAUCCCUGGAAAACACAGGGAAAAACAGGGGGGAAAAAAAAAAAAGAGAGAGAGAGAGGAAAUCCAUGAGCAGCACAAUGAGGGCUACAGGUGUUCCAGAGCAGGAAUUUGGGGCUGAGUCUGGGGACACCCGCACGGAGGACCCGCUGCUCGGUGGCAGGAGAGCACCAACAGUUAUAAUUCCUCUUUUUUUUUCUUUUUUUUUUUUUUCCCCCUUAAGAAAAGCACAUUUCUAUUGCAAUAAUUCGCGGGUGAUGGGAAAGUUGUUGUAAAUCCAGAGUGUUGACUGAGAUUUUGGGGGGUUUAACCCUGACCUGGUGGAUUUACAGCACAGGAGUAAACGGCAUUUUCCCACACGUUCCCUAAACCUGCAUCCGGUGGCGUCACCCCCUCCCUCCCCCUUUCUAAUUUGCACUAAUAUUAGGGAUUUUUAAGGAAAUCGUGAUGUCAAACCUCUCUGGUAGCUGUAAAUGCCAAAUAGCACUCGCAGGGAUAGUUGGGGGCAUCUCAAGGGAUGCUGGAUGGAAAGGGAGGGAGACAGGAGGAGGAGGAGGAGGCAGAAAUAAAGAGGGUUUUAUUUUCCAGAUCCAUCUUCCAGCGGUGCCAGCACAUUAUCCUGGUGAAACCAGACUGGCACUGUUACCACCAUCACCUGGAAAAACCUCUUUCCUCCCAGGCUAAACCAGCAAUAUCAAUUUUAUACCUCGAUGUGAACUAAAACUCUGACUUUCUCCCUCCCUUUGAGUUUUUGCAAUGUAUCUUUGUAAUUUUUUUUUUUUUAAGUGUUAAUGGUACCUUUUCCACCUCUAACACGUGUUCAGGAAAGUGUUGUACAGCGAGAGGAGCCUUUUAUGUGUUUGAAGGAUGAUUGUGGCAUUGCUGCGUGGAUUAACAAGAAAAUAAAAUAUGUAGCAACUUAAUGCAGAAUAAAA